AUGGGUACAGGACUACAAGAUCUUCCUCCCGAGUUGGUCUACCAGAUCGUCGAACACAUAGACAAGAGGCAUGCCUUGUUGACUAUCAGCAGGCAAACCUGCUACAUGGCCAGCCAAUCCAUCUACAGCUCAUUGUCUAGUGGCGAGGAAGAUCGUCACUCGAUUGAUGGCUACACGCCUCCCCUCGCCAAGGUGGUCGAGGGGUUGCAGUAUGCCGAGCCGUUCGCAGAGAGGCCGUUCGGACGCCAGUUGAAGCUGGCAUUCCUGGCGAAUACCAAGGUCUUGCAGCAUUCUUUCGGCACAUACAUCUGUUUCCGAGAGUCUUCUUCCGAUGAAAAGACCCUCCUCCGAAUCACCUCCAUCUUUCAGCAUCUCGCCUCCCAGUCUAUCGUCGUCUUUCCCUCGCUCACCGAGAUGCACCUGCAUUGUACAGGCUGGUCGUCCAUCACCCCACCCAACCGCGCCUGCGCCUUUUCUCUCGCCAAGGUGUCAAAGCCGAGGGAUGUGGCGUACUGGCCAUUCAUCUUUGGGCUGGACGAGCUGCCCCCGUUGCCUGGGACUGCUAUACGGGCAAACGGGCAGACGGAGGGAAAGCCGGGCGAGUACAAGGCGCUCGAGUUUGCGGCGGGGCAUGUGCCCACAAAGGUCAUCCACGUACCGUACAAAGUCCCCUGCAUUCCCAGUGUCUGUUACGGCACUCUCAAUGUGGUAUCGUACAGUCAACUAUGGUCCCACCCCGCGUGGUCUGUGAGCGAAACGGUAGACUACCUCCUGUCGAUCUUGCGGUACGCCCAUCCAGAGGUGUUUGGCCCAGACAAUGAAGUGGUCAGAGAUAUGCCGGCAAAGGACCGGGAAAAGAGAGAAAAGACCACUUGGGCGUUUUUGUGGGUAGGGAGGUUUACAAAGAAGGAAGGCAAGACAUACGGGACAAUGAUGAAGAUGGUGGAAUAUGGAUUGUAUGAAGCUGUGGCGUGUAUGAAGGGACGAAUCAAGUUUUCGGUUGGUGAAGUGGGCAAGUAG